AUGGCGAGUCCCAGAAAAGGGGGCGCGGGGCCGUCGCGACGGGCCUUUCGGCUACAGGAGGCCUUGCGCCUGCAGAGGCAGGAGGCCGAGCGCAAGGAGGAGAGGGCGUCGGCGGCGCUGCGAGAGAUGGAGCGGAAGCUACAAGAGAAGGACGCCGCCAUCCGCGUCUUUUGCAGGCAGCGACUCGAAGAGAGAUUGACGGCCGUGGAGGAGAGAACGACGGGCGGGUGUGCUGCGCGUCUGGGGGGCCGCGUGGAGAAGAGCGGUGCAGAAGUUCAUGCCCGCGUUGAUGCUCUGUUGCGCCAUCUGGAGAAGCCCAAUCGCACGACGUUCCUGCCACCGCCUGGAAAACAGCGUAAAGGGAGGAGGAGGAACGCGCGAGGCGGCGGGCGGAGCUCCGGGAAAUGGAGGAGGGCGAACCUCUCUCACCCUGCAGCAGCAGUUGUAUUAAGUGGCGUACGGGCUCAUAGACUGCGGCGCGGACGUAACUACAGUGAUCGGGCAUGGCCGCGGUCAACGCCGGCGGGGAGUCCGCUUUGCACUUGGGUUGCCAUCCACGGAUUACAGGCGGGUCGUGGGUGUAUAGCUGAUGAUGGCGGCGCCGACGUCAACGCCCGGAUAGGAACGGAGAGACGCCUUUUGCACUACGCGGGCGCUGGGCAGGCAACGAGGGCGGUGCGCGCUGCUGCUCGCGCCGGCGCCAGGAGGGACUCGGCUGGGGCGGAUGUUGGGCGAACAAGACGCCGUUUGACGUUGCGACGUCUGCUGCCACGCAGGACCUCCUGCUUGGGUAGCAGAGAACAGAGAGAGAGAGAGAGACCGCCAGCCAACCAGGGAGACCCCUCCGCCAAUCGCGGCGCACCUGCCCCUCCCGAGCGCACAGGCAGGAUAAACCGCUCAAGAGAUGGCACGGACGCCGUCAGCAACGCCUUCCAGCUGCUACAGGCGACUCUUCGCCUGGAGAAACAGGAAGCGGAGCGCAAGGAUGCAGGAGGCCCUGCGCCUGCAGGAGGAGAGAGCGACAACGGCCUGCAGGAGAAGGACGACGCCAUCCGCGCUCUGCAGCAGCGACUGGAAGAGACCGAGGAGAGAGUGCCGUGGAGGAGAGGAGGACCCGGCACGGAGGACCGUUUGGAAGGCCGUGUGAAUGAGAUAGAGGCUUCUCUGCAGAGUGCGGUAGAAACGUUUGUGCCCCGCGUUGAGGCUCUGUUGCGCCAACUGGAGAAGCCCAAAUCUGCACGUGCGUCUCUUGCCACCGCCGCCGUCGCCACCUCCGCCGCCAUCGCCCGUGAAGCACCGGCGACGGGGGUGGAGCCCCCCUCCUCCACCCCCACCCCAACUCCCACUCCGUCAGGCGCCGGCCACCAGGGUGCAGCGGCCGACGAGGAACAACGCGCGAGGCGGCGGGAGGAGUUGAGGUGGGAUAGGGCACAAACCUCCCCUUCCCCCCUGGAAGCGGGAAGACUGAACUCCGGUGCUGAUGUCAAUUACACUGGCCGAGAUGGUUUCACUCCUCUGCGAAACGCAGCCUGGCAGGCGCACGCGGACGUGGUGGCUUUUCUGCUCCAACGAGGCGCCAACGCCAACUCCGUCAACUGCAACGGGUCUUCCGCGUUGCACUUGGCGGCCGGCACGGACAAGAGCGGUCGGUGCGUGGAGCUGCUGGUGGACGCGGGCGCCGACGUCAACGCUAGAGACGAGAACGGAAUGACUGCUCUUCACUGGGCGGCGUUCAAUAGCAAUCAGGAAACACGGCGCCAGGAGAGACCUCAAAGGUGUCCGUUUGACCUUGCGACGUCUCGUGCCGUGCAGGACCUCCUGCGAGGUCCUCUGACCUUCGCCCUCCAGGGAACUUUGCGAGGGAGAGACGAUUACGGAGGGAGAAACGAGAAAGGAAGGGAGGAGGUAGAAAGGGAGAUGGAAGCAGGAAGAGGGAGAAGAAGGGCAGAACAACGUGUGCGCGUGGCGCUAUUGGCGCGCCAGCAUUCCGAAACUCAUGUCGUAGUUCAGAGCCCGCCGUGA